GUCACUGUACAAUUGUACGUCUCAGUCCUGCGUGUCUAUUGCAUCACUGUUACUGUGUUCCAUGCCAGUCCAUGCACUCGACAGACCGACGGUCAACCUGGUGAUCCAUAUGGCUUCGAAAAUCGCACUGACCAGGUCCAAGUUGGGUUGCGCCACAACGCAUUCGACGCCCUCUCGUAGCCCUCCGACUCAUGUCGACACAGCCCCGCCACGAAGCCCGCGACGAACAAACGGAUAGGUCAUGUUGUAGGUCCAGGCUUGGCGGACAGGUUGACACUAUGUAGGACCAUCCUGCUGUUGUCCUCCUGGCAGCCGCGUGGCUGACGACCCAGAACAAUUACGCGGCUUUUAUAAGAGCCCGGGUGGAAACUUUGAACGUCCUCUCCCGCCUCUCUUCCUUCCUGACUGGUACGACUACAUUGCCCCUCUUUCUAGUAGUACAGCCCUCACAACAUGCUGGGCAUGUACGACCCAUUACGCAUAGCCUUGGUGGCGUCUCUCCUCCCGCUACUCGCGUCUGUGGCACCGGCGUCUGCGGCGGUGGUCCCAAGAGGGUCAUGCACGCAGAUGCCAGUCGCGAUGGGGUGGUUCGCGAAUUGGGAGGACACAGAUAGCCCGUCGUUCGGCCUUGCGAAUAUGAACUGGACGCAGUACACCAGGGUAUCAUAUGCCUUCCUCGAACCGGGUACAGAUCAGUCGAUACCUGUUGACGGGUAUGAUACCCAAUUGAAGCUGUUUGUGCAGGAGGCACAUACACAUAACGUGAACGCAUCAGUCACUGUUGGUGGAUGGACCGGUUCUUUACACUUCUCGUCUGCGGUAGCUACUGAGCAAAGCAGGGGAAACUUUGUCAACGCCGCCGUCCAACUCGUCAACAACUACGACUUGGACGGCCUCGAUUUUGACUGGGAAUACCCGAGUCAGGCUGGGGUAGGUUGUAAUGAGCAGUCUCCCAACGAUGCCUCGAACUAUCUCCUGUUCCUGCAAGAGCUCCGAAGUCGCCUACCUUCCAAGACCCUCUCCGCCGCCGUGGGGCUCAAGCCCUUCCUCGGCUCCUCAGGGUCGCCCAUGUCAGACGUCUCCGGGUUCUACUCUGUGCUCGACUACAUUGAGCCCAUGAACUACGAUGUGUUUGGUAGCUUCUCCUCGUCGGUCGGCCCGAACUCACCACUCGCCGACGCGUGUGCACCCACCGCAGACCAGGAGGGCUCCGCCAUGAGCGCAGUGAAGGCCUGGUCCGCCGCAGGGUUCAAAGCAGACAAGAUCGUGCUCGGCGUCGCGGGCUACGGGCACAGCUUCAAGGUGGCGAAGGCGAACGCGUACGUAUCGGCGGCGAACAAGACGCUGAGGAUGUAUGCGCCGUUCGACGCUGCGGGCCAGCCGAACGGGGACAGCUGGGACACGGCUGCGCCGGGGACGACGGCGACGGAUGUGUGUGGGAACACGUCGAGCGCGGUGACGGGGAUCUUCAACUAUUGGGGGAUGUACCAGAAGGGCUUCCUCGACGCUGACGGGAACCCCGCGGACGGGAUCGACUACCUCUGGGACUCGUGCAGCUCUACGCCGUUCGUGUAUAACCCCAACACGCAAACGAUGGUCUCCUACGAUAAUGCGGAGUCCUUCUUGGCCAAGGGGCAGUACAUACGGGAAGCAGGUCUGCGAGGCUGGGCGAUGUGGGAAGCCGCGAGCGACUACAACAACACGCUUGUGGAAGCCAUCAGGUCUACAACCUUGGCAGACUACAACUUCGGUUGUAUGAGCACAGGCGCAUUAAUGGCCGUGGUCAAGGAUGUCACGAACCUGUGAAUGUGAUACCCUGGAUGUCCGUAACAUCGACCCAAUGUAGCGAAUAGCAAAACGAUCUUCCGUAUGUCCCGCUCCGACCAUAGCGUACUGUUUCUUCCGUCACUAAUAAUACCGCUGACAAUACCACGCGCUGUGCGAAAUCAUACCGAA